UUUAAGAAGACCGAGAGAGAGGUUGUGCCUGAGGGGUGGGACAACAUGAACUUAUCAGUAUCAGAGAGCGCUCCAUCAGCCGCUCACCAAGAUUGCUACUGUACAUCCCCGCCUGUAUUCUCAUCUGCUUCCAGCAAAAUACUCUUUUGACUCAUUCCACGCUAGAUGAAUUCUACGGGGAAAUCAACUUUACUCCUUCUUUUUGUGUUUUUGAUAACGAAAGACUGCUUCUCAUCCAAAGGUGAAGACAGGUUAUUCAGGAGACUCUUCCGGCGCUACAACCAGUUCAUAAGGCCAGUAGAAAAUGUAUCUGACCCAGUGACAGUGGAGUUCGAAGUAUCCAUUUCACAGCUGGUCAAAGUAGAUGAAGUAAAUCAGAUAAUGGAAACCAACCUAUGGCUGCGACAUAUUUGGAAUGACUACAAGUUAAAAUGGAUUCCUGCAGAAUUUGACGGAAUUGAAUACAUACGUGUUCCAUCCAAUAAAAUAUGGAGGCCUGAUAUUGUGCUUUACAAUAAUGCUGUUGGAGACUUUCUUGUAGAAGACAAAACAAAGGCUUUGUUGAAAUAUGAUGGGACAGUGACCUGGGUGCCGCCCGCCAUUUUUAAAAGUUCUUGCCCCAUGGACAUCACUUAUUUCCCCUUUGACUACCAAAACUGCUCCAUGAAAUUUGGCUCCUGGACAUACGACAAAGCUAAAAUCGAUUUGGUCUUGAUUGGCUCUAAAGUCAACCUGAAAGAUUUCUGGGAAAGCGGGGAGUGGGAGAUUAUCGAUGCCCCGGGCUACAAACAUGACAUCAAGUACAACUGCUGUGAGGAAAUCUACCCAGACAUAACGUACUCCUUUUACAUCCGGAGGCUGCCUCUCUUCUACACCAUCAACCUGAUCAUCCCCUGCCUCCUCAUCUCUUUCCUCACAGUGCUGGUCUUCUAUCUUCCCUCAGACUGUGGCGAGAAAGUCACCUUGUGCAUUUCCGUUCUGCUCUCCUUGACUGUGUUCCUACUUGUCAUCACAGAAACCAUCCCCUCCACGUCUUUGGUAAUCCCACUCAUAGGUGAAUAUCUGCUGUUCACCAUGAUAUUUGUCACUCUUUCGAUUGUGAUCACCGUCUUCGUCCUGAACGUCCACUACAGGACACCCAUGACGCACACCAUGCCAGUCUGGGUGCGUUCGAUUUUCCUCGGCGUCCUGCCCAGGAUAAUGUUCAUGAGACGACCCUUGGACCCGCAAACGCCAAAGGGCGGCUCUAAAAAGAGGAAAAACAGCGCAUCUCAACAGGGGGCUAUGAACUGCCUAGAAUACGGAGAGAACAAACUGCCCAAAGAUCAAAAGAAAUGUCUGUGUCAGCAUCCUAAAGAGCCCUCAGAGCCUGAUACCAGUAAGCUGAGCCGACAGCUGAGCCCCCAGUCUAUCAAUACUGUGCUUGCGUUCUCUGUUGUCUCUCCAGAAAUUAAACAGGCAAUCGAAAGCGUCAAAUACAUUGCGGAGAACAUGAGGAGCAGGAACAAAGCCAAAGAGGUGGAAGACGACUGGAAGUAUGUGGCCAUGGUUAUUGACAGGAUUUUCCUUUGGGUAUUUGUAUUGGUCUGUGUUUUGGGAACACUGGGCUUGUUCCUCCAGCCUCUUAUUGGCUUCUUUAAAUAAUUCGCCAUUGUUUGUAGUACCAAACAUUGCACGAGAACCACCGGAUCAGUAAACCUGAAUUUGUGUUGUACAUUAAGUCACUUUAGAACAUUUUAAAACAGAUUUGUAUAUUGAGCUAUUUUUCCCCUUGAACAGAUUUGAAGCCUUUAAACUGCUUAGCAGUAAGAUGCAUUUUAGAAUAAAAAGAAAUACAAGAAAGAAAAAAACAGAUUACUCAGGGUGUUUUAUUCAAGAGAAGUCUUGCACUGUAGUACAGUUUGUCACUUUUCUUAAAGGAAAACCACCUUCAUUGAAGAGCUGUUAGUAAUCAGAAAACCUAAACUAAAGUGUUUUAUUUAAAAAAUACAAACGAUUCUUGUUUGCUGGUUUUGUGAUUCCCACUGUGGAUGCAAGUUACACACAUUUCUUUGGUGUCCAGUCUGUUAUAUCCAGCCUGGCCAUUGUAUUGGAUUAUUUUUCAAGCAAAACCUUUUGAUGUAUCUGAUCCAGCAUGAAAUUAGCUAUUAGUAAGAAGCAUCUCAUUUUGCACUGUUUAAACACAUUUAGUGUUAGACUCAAGUUCAUGUUACAGGAACAUCAAGCUGGACACCCUGAAGCUAAUUCAACAGCCACGAUCUUUGUCUGUCAUUAUCUUGGCAUCAUCCAUAAAAGGCUCUGUGCAAACUAAUUUCCUUGCUGCAGAGAAAUCUGAAAUUUGAGGCCUAAUUUGUAUACUCAUGACAUCUUUGUUUUAUUUUCUUUUAAACAAUAUAUAUAAUUAUAUUUAUUUCUUAUUAGUGGCUAUGCUGUUCUUAAAGGUACCUUAUAGGACACUCAAAGAUAAAAUAUAGAAUUCAUUUUAAGAUUAAGAUUCUUAUUCUCUUAUUUCUUAUUUUGUUGGUAAUUUUCUUCACAUUCACAACUUCUCUCGCAAUUUAGCUAUACAAUCUCAAAAUAUUUCAUCAGUCUCAUUCAAAACCCUAUAGCAUUCCGCUCCCCAGUUGUUUUUAAAAUGGUUAUUAAUUACAUUAAUUAAAUGAGUGUGUCUAGAAAUAUACAGUAUCAAAUACAUUGAUACUUCUAAAUUGUGACCAAAAACAUUUCUUUAUGAAAUGAUGAAACCACAUCAUGUACAGCAAAACAUGCAAUACAUAUUCAAGAUUUAACAUUUUUGAUUAGAUAUUCAUUGAUCUUUAAUGAGAAGAAUUUCCAAUUAAUAAUGCUGGAACUGCAGAUUUAAGUUUGUGAAAUGUAUAAUGAACAAGCAGAGGUUAAUUCCAUUCUAAGAAGUGUAAAAAAAGAAGAAUAAAAUCAUAUUUUAGCUGUGGAGACUUCUGCAGGCAGGUGAAAGCAUAUUCAUUCCCAGCAGAAGUCUUCUCAUGCCUGAAAAAGGCUUUGCAGCCAAAAUAUUGUGUUAUUUUAUUCUCAUGCUGAUGAAGGUCCCUACUCUAAUAAGCAGAAAUAUUUUCUCAGGAGACUGAUUACUGUUUGCAUUAGAGGAAAACAGCCACCCGACCAAACACUUACUGUAGCUGCAUGUACUGUAGCAAAAAGCACAAAAAGUUCAUGUUGCAACUGACAUGAUAGGUCAUUUAAAAAAACUAAUAUUAAUAAUAGAUUUUGGAUCUUCCCAAAGAGCUUUUCACAGUGUAAAUGUAGAAGUUUUGUAACCAAAAAGUUGUUGGUUCCAAGUGCAAUCCUUGCGCCACAAAGUAAAAAAGGCACUUCAGCACAGCACAGUAAUGUGUACUAAAACUCUCCAUUUAUGGCUCAGUAAAAUUUUUAUUGCCAGUGAAGGCAGAAUUGUUUUUCACAUUCACAUUCAAAAACACAUUUAUGUUUUUCAGAGUGGAAGAAUAACUCUGGAGUCUCAGGUGAUGAAUGCAUGUACAAUUCGAAUACUGUAAUUUGUUUCUAGACAACAUUGCUCUAACUGGAGCCCUCCAUUCACCCUAUCACAGGAACAGCUCCUUUCCAUGGUAGCCUCUCUGUUCUGUUUCUAUUUUAUUCUGGUUGGGUGGUUUGUCAAGAAACUAAAACCAGAAAUGUUUAAGGGGAGUAAAGAGUGAUUUGUAGUCCAAGUACAUAAAAUAAAUUGUAUACAAAGGCAUUUCUGAUCAAGGAUAAAAUAUUUUUACUGGAUAUUAAAUAGUACCUAAGAAUUUGUUAAAUACUACGGGGACAUGGAGGCUGUCAGGAGAAAACAAAAUUAAUAACAUUACAUUUAACAAUCUGAUGUCUUUCUUACAAAACAUAAAAACAGUUUGGAUCACCAGAUUUUUUGGAUCUUUGACCUCAAGUCAGAGGCAUGAGCCCUCGCCAUAACAUUUAUUUGGGUAGCUCAACUGAUUUUCAAGACUACUGUUCUCCCAGAAGAGACCACCGCAAUCUUUAUUAUGGCAGUCCAUGUUCUUGUAUUUACUGAACAGACAUGACUUCUAAUUUUCUGUCUGUUUUCAGUGACACAUUUUCCUUCUGAUGUUCAACUCUGUUUGUUUUGAGAUCAAGCGCUACAUGAGAAAAAGCAUUUUCACUAUCCCUUCACAUAAUCACAAAAAAACUCUUAUUGUAAGACAGUCAUACAGAAACAAAGAAAGGUGAAGAAUUGACCUCUUGUGAUGUUUGCAUAUCAAGAUCAUAUAUUGUAAGUCACGAGCUCUCCUAGCUAGCUCCUAGCUAGCGUUUAGGAGGUAAAUUCUCAAAGAUAAGGUUUAUAUACUGGCAUAUUUGUUCUUGCAUACUGUACAGUAUAUCCCAUUUUAUGUGAUGUCACAUCUUCCAGUUUAAUAAAGAAAUUAUAUGGCUCCUUUACAGUUCUUUUUAGAGUUCUCUUUUAGACUCCAUUCCUCCAAAUUACUUAUCUGUGGGGUUGAUUCCAUGGGACUCUUUAUUGUAAAAAUAUUUUUUCACACUUAUCAUUAAUUGUUAGCCAAACUGCUGUUUAUUACUACUUGUGUAUUUAAUAACUAUUUAAGUGUUAGUUCUGUUGUGCAGUUAAAGCUUAUCAGUGUCAUUACACAGUUAUUUUAAUAAAAGUCUGUAAUUGUACAAUUGUAAUUUUUUUCAUAUCAGUACAUAAUUCUCCCUUUUGUUUUAUGUGUCUAUGUGGAAUAUUUAUCACAUCAGGAAAGGCUGUCACAGAGUGCAAUAUAUUCAUUUUAUUUAUUUCUUAAGAAAAUGGCCAUAUGAAAGUCUUGAGAUCAUAUUUCUUGUCUGAAUUUUAAAUAAACACCUUAAAACUA